UCUUUACGUCUAAUCAGAUCGCUCAAAUACUGCAGUGGAACUGCACAGUCGUUCUAUUCCCUUUCAUCCCACCUCAUAACAUGUUCUCCUCUUUAUUUUCCACUGCACCCCCCGUCGAUCCGAAGGCCCCCAAUUUAUUCCCUGUCUCGGAGAAGUCAGAUCUCCUCGGGGAGCUAGAGGCCAAGGAUCUUGAGUGGACAUGUGCAGGAGGCUUCGUGACAGAAACGCAGAUAUUUUAUCACUUCCUACAGGAUGGGACUAUGUUGAUGUGUCAAGUGAUCCACUCGUCAAUUGGCUUGUGGUACCCUACCAUUCAGUUCACAUGCAAGAUCUACAAUCCCACAACGAAAGAGACGACUUGGCGUUCUGUUAACGUUACAAACUUUGUAACCCCUCCCCCUGGUCUUGACAAGAGAUCCAGCAAGGCAGAUCAAUUCUCCAUCACCUAUAAGCCUUCCUCGGAUGGUUCUCAUCCUGAAAUGUACACCAUUCGCGCAAACCUCUCAGACGACUUGCAGGUAUCACUUGAUGUAUCGCGGCCCUCUGCUGUACCUGGGUUCAAGAUCGGCAAGGGGCCAAAAGGGGGGUUCUCGUACUUUGGGUCAGAUCAACAGAAACCAGAUGGCUAUGUCGUCCAUCGUUUCUGGCCUCGUACUAAAGCCAGCGGUCACAUCAUCCACAACGGCCGGGCAAUCACUGCUGAGGGCCACGGCAUGCUCGUCCAUGCCAUCCAAGGCAUGCGUCCAAACUUGAUCGCAUCGCGAUGGAACUUCGCAAACUUCCAAAGCGACGCCUAUGGUGGCGUGUCUGCAAUCCAAAUGGAAUUCAAAACCUUGGAUACCCACGGACGCCACGGGGCUGGCUCUGGCGGAGUCACAGUCAACGUUGGUUCAUUGGUGCUUGGUGGGAAGCUGGCCGUGGUCACAGCAGAGACUGGAUGGUCUGACGAAGCACAGCCUGAGAAGGCCGCAGUAAUGUCGCGUGCCCAUCACCUCAACCCUGUCCAUGAUCCGGACACUGGCUACAUGCAGCCUACUGCAGUUGAGUUCCGAUGGGCAGGUUCGCCCCUGCUUCAGGGUGUGGAGGGUUCUGUUGAUGCAUCUUUGCAUCUCGAUGUUGGCAGUCCAUCUUCACCUAAGGGGUUGAUCGAAAAGGUGGACGUACUUGCAGAGAUCCCGUAUGUGAUCAAGACGAUGGUUAAUUACGUUGCUGGCACGAAGCCAUACAUCUAUCAGUGGCAAGACAAAGUCAAGCUUGCUGUACGUGGUCCGGAUGCAAUUAUCCCUGGACUUUCCGAGGGAUUAGAGAUAGAAGGGGUGAUAUACACAGAAGCCUCGUUCAUAUCUUAGAUGUCUACAUAUCUUCACAUCUACAUUUCCUCCUACGUGUAAGUAUACUGUUGCUCUAAUGUAAUAUUAUGGAACUAUGUGCGUUCU